AUGAAACCUUUUGCCCUCCCCAUUCAACCUUCCAGACCGUCUAAAAAUGAUAAAUCAAACGAACAACCUGCCGUAUCAACAACCGAAUCAACUGCAACUGUUAUCGCACCUGCUUCUUCAUCAUCGUUGCUUUCCGGAUCUGCUGACUUGAAGUCCUAUUUUCAACAAUCUGUGCAGGCUGUAUCGUCGCUGCAUAAAGAUCUUCAGUCUAAGUCACGAUCAUUCGAAUUGGGAAUGGAUGAACUCUUAUCUCAAGUAGAAGGAUUCAAAAAUCAAGCUCAGAUUGAUAGGGCAUCUAUUGAAUCAGUUCGAAUCGAUAGGGAUAACAAAUUGUCUGAGCUUCGAAUCAUGGAUACGGUAGUCUCAUCUCAAUUGAAGGAUCUCAAGGACAUGCACAGGAAGAUUGUACUUUUGGAGAAGGAAAUAUCGCUCAAGGAUAAGGAAAUUGAGAAUCUCAAGUCUUCCCAGAAGGUCUUUGAGGGACGAAUAGCCGGAGCGGUGGAGGAACGAGUUGCAGCUGAGAAAGCCAUGAAAUGCGAUUCUCUUCAUAAGGAAAUUGAGAAGCUGAAAGCAACGGACACUGAGAGAAGGAAAAGGGCUCAAUCAUUCUGA